CUUCUGUAGGUCGGUUUAUGAGCUUUUCCAGAGAUUUACUUUAUUGUCUUUUCCAGCGAUCCCUUCCUGACAGUAAAGCGCGCUUGGACACGGUGAAAUCUGAAAUGCGCGGUCGGUUUGCGUCAGCGCUUGUGCUGGUGUUGCUGUGGUGUUGCGGCAGCGCGCCGGGUGAACGGGGACAGAAGGUGUCCAGGAGAACAACGAGGACUCGCUCCUGUCUGGACUUACCGGAGGAGAUUUUGGAGCAGAUGUUCGGGAGGCUCUCGGUCGGGGUUCUCAGCGCGUUUCAUCACACGCUGCAGCUCGCGCCUCCAGAGCGACAGAAUCUGACCUGUCAAUCAGCGUCUCGCCUAGCGCGCGACAAACCGCGCACCCCUGUCAACUUCCUCAGCCUCUCGCCCUGGGCGUACAGAAUCUCCCAUGAUCCAGCGAGGUACCCUCGAUAUCUCCCGGAGGCGUACUGUUUGUGUAAGGGAUGCUUGAGCGGACCGAACGGGGAGGAAAGUGAGCGCCUCCGCAGCACUCCGGUGUUCAUGCCGACCGUCAUACUGCGCCGGACCGGCUCGUGCGUCGGGGGACGUCGUUCCUACACGGAGAGCUACGUGUCCAUCGCCGUGGGUUGUACCUGUGUGCCAUUGUUGGAAAAAGACAGGAAAACACAUAAGGCCAAGCCAAGCGUGAAAAGAGUAUCGUCUACAAAUUCCACUACCUUUAAAAAGAAUGGACUGAACUGAUCCAUUUGAGAUUUUUUUCUCUGUCAGUUUUCUUAUUUCCUUGAUCUUUUCUUUUAGUUGGUGAAAGGAAAAACUUGACAGAACUUGCUGUCGCAGCUGCAGAUUCUAGUCUGCAGUGCCAAGCUAAAGGAAAACUUUCUGUGCCAAAAUACAAACAUUUUCUAAUCCAAGGUACUUUGA